UGCCUGCGCUUCCAGUAACUCUGUGGGUGGAUUUGUUUCAUUUAAGGGGAAAAUAAAACAAAACAAAACAUGGAGGGGUUUUCUUUCCCAAGAAGAGAACUAGCUAAUUACGGGUCCAGCGCGUGUGGCUCCGGGCAUCCUGGUGCAGUUCUGCAGCCAGCCGGGCCUCCUGGCAGCCUGCUCCAGGGAGAAAUCGCUUAGUCAUUUACAAGUGAGCGGGGACCAGGUGCGGGAGGUCAGGGAGGUGGAGGGGCUGCCCACCCAGCCACAGCAGCCUGGUGCUCUUUGCAGCUCAACCCUGCCCCAUCCAGGAGGGGAGCUGAGUGAAGAGGAAGGUGCCAGCCAGGUGAGCGCAGCCUCAGCGGCUUGGGCCCAUGGCACUCCCAAGGGACCUGACCUGGCAAGCAGAUGCUUCCCAGCUGGCCCAGCCACCUGUUCUGGCAAAACCGAGAGCUCCACACCGUGAGAAGGUCUCCUAGCAACCUUCCUUAGGAAUUCUGUCUGGCCCUGAUUGGAAAACUGGCGCCAACGCCCUGAGGUUGAUGAGUUUGCCUUGGGAGUUGGUGAGAAGGUAAAAACAAAGGCAAACAUGGGUCAGAAGGUCACCGGAGGGAUCAAGACUGUGGACAUGCGGGACCCCACAUACCGGCCCCUGAAGCACGAGCUCCAGGGGCUGGAUUACUGCAAGCCCACCCGGCUGGACCUACUGCUGGACAUGCCCCCCGUGUCCUACGACGUCCAGCUGCUCCACUCCUGGAACAACAACGACCGCUCGCUCAAUGUCUUCGUGAAGGAGGACGACAAGCUGAUCUUUCACCGGCAUCCGGUGGCCCAGAGCACAGACGCUAUCAGGGGCAAAGUCGGGUACACGCGAGGGCUGCAUGUGUGGCAGAUCACGUGGGCCAUGCGGCAGCGAGGCACGCAUGCUGUGGUGGGCGUGGCCACGGCAGAUGCUCCCCUACACUCUGUUGGGUACACGACCCUCGUGGGGAAUAACCACGAGUCCUGGGGCUGGGACUUGGGACGCAACCGGCUCUAUCAUGAUGGGAAAAACCAGCCAAGCAAAACGUACCCGGCCUUUCUGGAGCCGGACGAGACUUUCAUUGUCCCCGACUCCUUCCUCGUUGCCCUGGACAUGGAUGAUGGGACUCUGAGCUUCAUUGUGGAUGGACAAUACAUGGGAGUGGCUUUUCGGGGACUCAAGGGCAAAAAACUAUAUCCUGUAGUGAGCGCUGUCUGGGGCCACUGCGAGAUCCGUAUGCGCUACUUGAAUGGACUCGAUCCCGAGCCCCUGCCACUCAUGGAUCUCUGCCGGCGUUCGGUGCGCCUGGCCCUGGGGAAGGAGCGCCUGGGUGCCAUCCCCGCGCUGCCACUGCCUGCCUCCCUCAAGGCCUACCUCCUCUACCAGUGAUGCCUGCCCUGGGACCGCCACACGACAGCCACCUGGUGCCAACUCACUGAGCCGCCGGGGCUGCUGCUCCCUGCGCCUGGGAUGGACACCUGCCCACGGCCAUGGGCAGAAGCACCUGCUCUUUCUCCCAGCUGCUUCUGCCCCAAGACAGAUGCCCGGAGGGUGCCUUUCCUCCCACUGGCUGGAACAGCAUCCCAGCAUGCUGAAACAGCCCCUCCUUGAACCAGACGUAGAGAAUAAACUCCUACGAAAGCCUGCCUGGGCGCCUGUCUGCUCUUGGAUGUGGUGGGCUGCAGCUGCCUCGGGGUCCCAGAUGGUGGGGUCUGUGGGAGGUGCCAGGCUCGAGGGCAGAUACUAGGAGUGGGAGAGGCUGGGACUAGGCCACAUGGGUGAAGCUCAGGAUGUCAUGACCCACGAACACCGAGGCAGAACCCCAAGUUGGACCUCCUUUGGGCUAGUAAGUACUCAGCCUUGAUCCCAGCUAUUGGUGCCCCAUACCCUAUAUUUAUUCUUUUACCAAUAACAAAGGUCAUUUAUUUAUUCCAUUUAGAGAGGAAACCUUGUUUGGUCAGCUCUGAUGUGUUCUGUUGCUUUUCUCCCACCUGCUGCCUCCCGGAGACAUGCAUGCCACACCUUCUCCCAGGGUCCUGCCUGUGACACGUGAGCCCAUAUGCAUGGGUACAAGGGUAUCUUUGUAUAUGUCCCUUGACCUGGUUUCCAGGGGGCUCUGCACUGAGUUCCCCAGCAGGCCCCUCAGGGAGAAUUAGCAUUACGUGCAAUGAGUGUCAGGGGCCUGUUGGAGGGGGGCAGGUCCCCAUGUCCCCAGGUAGCCACUUACCUCCAGAAUUCAUACAUCGUCGCACAUGUUUGAAUUUCUUUUGUCUUCUAUAGGUUUUUUGGUGUGGGUUUGAUUUUGUAUCUGCUUAUCUGGCUGAGAUUUUUCCAAGGGUAUCCUCAGAAACUGUAUCCAGAGGAUAACCAGGGCAAAAAAGCGGGGUGGGUAGCAAAUGGGUCUUCAUCCCUUAAGAAGCCAGGGGCAGGGCAGGACAGGGGAGACCAGAAACUGAGUCAAGUGUCAUGGAAGCUUGGGACCCACACUGAGUAGCCCAAGUUCAUCACGACAUGCUCAGAGCCUCAGAAGGGCCGGGUGGGGCAGCCAGCAGAAGGCCGUCCACCCCAGCAACUCUUCCAUGUAGCAUCUCUGCACCUGCAAGUACCCUCGCCAUUUCUUGUAUCCUAAAAUCAACUCCCGUAGAGUCUGAGUUCUGUUCAUUUCCACACAGGUACAAUAGAUGACUUUAUUUGUUUAAAGUGUUUAAUAUAUAUACAUAUAUAUAUAUAUAUUUGUCCAUAAGAAUUAUGUUUUAAGCAGCUGCUGUAGGGUACCUUAAAAAAAAAUCUUCCAGUGGAG